AUGGCAUACAAUCCGCGCAUGAGCAUUAUUCCAACCUCGCAGCAGAACUCGCGAACGAGAAAGAAGGAGGAAGAGGCAGAUGCUUUUAUGCGCCUCCCUGACCGCGAAAUCGUAGGCUGUAUUACCGACAUCGGCAUUACAUUCACCGUUGCAGAUCUUCAGAAACCAAAUGCGGCUCAUGUACAGCAAAUCUUUGAAUGGUUCGCCGAGCUUCUUCUCAAUGCCACCCGAGAAACUGUCGAGCCGGCCAUGCGUGCGGCUGCGGAGGACAUCGCAGGAGAGUACGCAGAUGUUAUUCCUUCUGAUACUCGCAACCUGAUGGGCUUUUAUGUGUCGCUGCGCAGGCUAUUAUUCGAGUGCGGCAUCACCGAUUUUAGCUUUAACGACUUGUACAAACCGACAUACGACCGUCUUGUUAAGAUUUUCAGUUAUCUGAUUAACUUUGUUCGAUUCCGCGAAUCCCAAACGGCUGUUAUCGACCAAUACUACAACAAGGCCGAGUCGACAAAGACUCGCAUCGAGUCACUUUAUUCCGAAAACCAGGAGAAUGAGGGACGAUUGGAGGAUAUGAAGCACAACCGCAAGGCAAUGGAGGCUCAAGUCCGGGAAAAGACAAUGAGGAACGAAGAGCUCAAGAAGAGACUUCUAGAACUUCGAAGGAACCAAGAAAGGGUCGCGCAGCGACUUGAAGAGGCCAAGCAAAAGAAGGGCGAGCUCACUGCAGCAUUGGAACAAAAGACCCAUGAAAAGGUUACUUUGAAACAAGAAAGCACAAAGCUGCGACCUUAUGUGCUCCAGAGCGCCUCUGACCUGCAGGAGAACUUGGCCGAGCUGCGCGAGAUCCUCAACAAUGAUAAGUCACACAUCGACGCUUUGGACCGAAGAGCCCGAGCCCUCCAAACAUCAACAGACUCUUUCUCGGUUGUCUCAACAGAUGUUGCAUCAUGCAUCAAGAUUCUCGACGAGAUUGCUUCGGAACUCGCUAAAGAGGAGGAGGAACUGGCACGGAAUGCAAAGCAGCGUGAUGCCCUUUCAGAGCGCGGUAACAAUGCGCGUGAAGUCGAGCGUACCGAGACUAUGUUGAAACGCCAACUGUCAAAAUGGAUGGAACGCACAGAAAAGCUGCGUGAGCAGAGCAAUCAUAAGGCGCAUGAGGCAAAGGAGAAGAUGCAUGAACUCCGGGCGAUUCACAAGCAACUUACCGAGGAGCACACGGAGAAGGGCAAGGAGAUGGAGGUUCGACGUGUCAGAAUUGAACAAACUGAGAAAAAGAUGCUUGACUUGAAAGAGAACAUUGAGAAUGAAGUCCAUAGUGCGCACGAAGAGUACCGCAAGAUGGAGGCACAUAUCAAGCUAUACAUCGCCGAGAUGGAGCAGGCGAUUGCUUAG